UCCCAUCAUCCUUCUCUUCACCUCUUUACUUCCCCAACUCAUACAACAACACCCCACUUUUUUUUUUUUCUUUCGCAACUAGCUUCUCUUCAUUUGACCAUAUUAAUCUUACUAUAUUUAAUAUUUCUCUCUCUUUCUUCAAUUUCUGAGUUUUUGUUCCAGCAGCUGAGUCGUAAGAAGCUGGAGUUGGAAGUUUGCUCGCGAUCAUGCAAAACUCCGUGCUCGAUCCGCAAGAUCAGAGGGAGAGGUUGGGGCAAGGUAAAGCAGUAAGAGGAAAGAAAAGAAAGGAAGAAAAUAAUGAAAUCACCAUGGUUACUUCCUGCAUGGAGGAUUCCACUGCAAUGACUAUUGAAUUCCUGCGGGCAAGGUUGCUUUCUGAAAGGUCCAUCUCAAGAAGUGCUAAACAGAGAGCUGAUGAACUGGCAAAAAAGGUCAUGGAUUUGGAGGAACAACUUAAGACGGUGAUUCUUCAGAGGAAGAUGGCAGAGAAGGCCACUGCUGAUGUUCUUGCCAUUUUGGAGAGUGAAGGGAUAAGUGAUGUAUCUGAAGAAUUUGAUUCAGGCUCAGACCUUGAAAAUCCUUGUGAUUCUAGCGUGAGUAAUGAGUGUGCAAAAGAAGGUGAGGAGCCUAUGAGCUCAAAAGGAAGACAACAUGGGUCAGAUAAAAUGCCUGGUUCCAAUGUAGAUUCUUCACCAGUAUCCAGUAAGAGUUUGUCUUGGAAAGGACGCCAUGAUUCUUCCCAUUCUCUUGAAAAGUACAAGACUUCUAAUUUGAGGAGGCAAAGCAGUUUUUCAUCUAUCAGUUCUUCUCCAAAGCAUCGCCAAGGAAAGUCAUGUCGCAAGAUAAGACAUCGACAAAUCAGGUUGGUAGUGGAGGAGUCCAGAAAUAAGUUUGCUAACCACGAAAAAGAACUUGCAUCCUUGUCUAAAGGAUUUCCAAAUUUCUCAGGUGGUGGGUCUAACAUCCCGAAAAUAGAAUCCGAAAUUCAAGAAGAGGGUGGAUCAGGGGCAAACCCACUUAACAAAAAUCAUCAUGUAGAUGGAUAUGGAAGAGAGAAGGACAUGGAAAAGGCACUUGAACACCAAGCCCAACUUAUUGACCAAUAUCAAGCAAUGGAGAAGGUUCAAAGAGAAUGGGAGGAGAAAUUUAGAGAGAAUAACAGCACAACACCAGAUUCAUGUGAUCCGGGGAAUUACUCAGAUAUGACUGAGGAUAAAGAUGAAAGCAAGGUUCACAUUCCAUUUGCUGCUAAGGUGGUCACCUCAGAUGCUCAAGAGAGUAAAGGAGAACCAAGAGGUGUUUGCUUAUCUGAAGAAAAAUUCAAAGCUGAGGCCAGAGAUAUUAUGCCAAAAACUCAUGAUGAUACAGGGGGUUAUAGUGACCAGAAGAAUACAACUUUUAGCACUUCUGAUCUGCUUGGUCAACAAAAUUCAUGUCCCCCACUGAAGGGAAACCAAAAUGAGAGCUCAGUAAACGGUCACUUUCAGCCUUCUGUUAUGAACCAUCAAGAUCCAGGUAGGCAUGGUUACCAUGAUUCCAAACCUACUUAUUCCUUUCCAACUGAUAUCCAUGGUGUUCAGCACCAAAAUGAUGCUUCAAGAAACAAAACUGACCUCUUUGCAUUAGUUACUCAUGAACAACCUCACAAGUUCAAUGGUGUACUUGAAUCACUUAAACAAGCUAGGAUAUCCCUACAACAGGAACUCAAGAGAUUGCCACUAGUAGAGAGUGGGUACACUGCUAAACCCUCUGCUUCUUUUAGUAAAAGUGAGGAUAGAUUUGAAGUUCCUGUUGGAUGUUCUGGUCUCUUCAGAAUACCUACAGAUUUUUCUGAUGGAGCAACUGCUAGAUUCAAUGUUAAAGAUCCUACUGCUGGAUUUGGUUCAAACUUUCAUCUUAAUAGAGCCAUGUCUAGAACUUCUGAUGGUCAGUUUUUUCCCAGUCUUCCUUACCCUGACACACAGUUGAGCUUGCCUGCUAAUGAUCAAUCUCUUGCUAUCCGAUAUGUGGAAAACGGGCCAAAUGGAGGUUCACUCUCUUCCAGUAAAUACACGUAUCCCACAUUUCCCAUCAAUCCAUCCUAUCAAAAUGCAACACCACAGAUGCCAUUUGGUAAUGAAGUUUCAAGACCGUAUUCAAGUAGCACAGUUGGGGUUCCUCUUGCAAAUCGUUUCUCGUUUAAUAGCGAUCAUUUAAGAUGAAACAUGUACAUAUAAUAUCAUUAGGUUGCUAGCAGCUACGCUUGGUGUAAAAGUAAUGGUUUUAUUUGUCAUGCACUUUAAGGUUAUUCUCUGUAUUCUCUCUAGUUGUGAUGGGAAGAGAUUUUUUAUGACAAAAUACACUAAAAAUUCUCCCAUUCAUCUGGACUGUGUUUACUUUAAAUGUUACACUAUCAAUCUUGGUCAUCAAGGUUACCACCAUGUCUUAGAUUUAUCUCUAGAUUGAUAAUUUUAAACUGAGAUUGACUUUGAAAA